CCAACUUGACGCAGGUAAAAAGUGAGGAGGCGUUCGUCCGGAACCACCUGUGUGAUGACUUUCUCGUACGCUCGCGGGUUUUCCACGGAACCAGCCGGAUAUACCGAACCAAGUCAGAGUCCGGGGAGUCCCGGGGUCCUCGGAUGAAGUCGGGGUCCAGCCCGCGGUCAGCUGCGCUCUCCGGAGGCUGACGAGGGGCGGGGGGGUCCAGUUCGCACGCUGGACUGUCAAACUGACGGUUCCAUCGCGAGCCGACCUGCCGUAUGUCACGUGUGACGGUUCACUAGUCGCUGUUCGCUCAACAGCUGAAGACGACACUCGAGAGAGCCGCCAAAAUCCAGAUCGGAGCCGUAAGAGAGAGAUACUGGUGUCGGUGGGUGUUGACAUGGAGGCCGGAGACCAGCGGCUCUACUCGGGUACAUAACAAGCAGCGAGCCGUCUGAAGAGUGACACCGAGGGACAAUUCGGAGGCUUGGUUCUGACCAUAACGUCUUUAGCUCGGAAGAAGAUGGACGCAACCCCGCUUCUAAACGCAAUGGACCCUUCCAUCACUCUCUGGCAGUUCCUCCUCCACCUGCUGGAGGACCAGCGCCAGCGGCACCUCAUCUCCUGGACUGGAGAGGACGGAGAGUUCAAGCUGCUGGAUGCUGAAGAAGUGGCCCGUCUGUGGGGUCUCUGCAAGAAUAAGCACAACAUGAACUACGACAAGCUGAGCCGGGCCCUUCGCUACUACUAUGACAAGAACAUUGUGAAGAAGGUGAGCGGGCAGAAGUUUGUGUACAAGUUUGUGAGCCAGCCUGACACCGCCCUCGCUGAUGGCACACGCAGUGGAGACGAGGGGCAGAAGAGGGACAGCCUGGACUCCAGCAGCCAGUCCAAAGUGCCCGCAGGCGUGGGGGCAACCUACCCAUCCAAGAGCUCAGCACAGCGGUCGUUACCCAGCAGCUCGCAGAAGAACUCCAGAAACGACUACAUGAAGUCAGGACUCUACUCCACCUUCACCAUCCAGUCACUGCAGGCCACGCCGAACCCGCGACCCAUGAAAACAGAAGUGAUGGUGCAGCAGGACCCGGGUCUGAAGGUGGACCGUCCUCCCAGAGAGGUCUGUCUGCCCUCUGAAUCCAAACCCUUACCGCCAGUAGGGGGCGGGGUGGACUCUUCGCUGCAGGUGAUCGUCACCCAGCCCUCUCCGUGUCCCACGCCUGCUGUCAGUCCCCAGAUCCCCACCAAUGUCUCCGGCCAAUCACAGCUGGCAGACCCGCCUCACAUUUAUCUGACCAUUGUCGGGGACCCGUCCACACUCAUGAAUCCAUCCGCGCCGCCUGUCGUCCCGCUGCAGGACGAGCGCGCUGCCGUCGCCAACACAACGAGCUACCCGCCUCACGCUGUCACAGCUCCUCACCCGCACGCUGCCCCACAUCCCCCUCACCUCCACAACACUGCCCCCACUUCACAGGUCCCCAGUGGCCCUCAACCAACUCACCCCCACAAUGUCCCUCACGCCACACUCGGUGCAGCCAACCCAUCUCACCCGGCUCUCACACACACUCCUCCUCACCCGAGCGGCACCAUCAGUGGCCCUCACAGGACUCCCUCUCAAGCUGCCUCUCACCCUCCUCCUGUCUUCGUCAUCAUCAACCCCCCCUCCUCUGGGCAGCAGCAGUCAGCGGGUCUGUCCGCUGCUCCGCCACCCCCCUCCAUCAUUGUAAAGGAGGAGAACUUGCUGUGGGAGGAGGACCUGCUGGACAUGGUGUCUCUGGAGGAGAAGCGGGUGGAGGAGGUGCCUCAGCUAAUAUCCGGUUCCGGGGAUCAUGACUCCGCCCUCACCAUUGUGGAGAGUCCGCUUCCCGCCACUGUGGAGCUUGCUGAUGGAGGCCAGCCUGCCGGGGAGGGUGCUGUUGAGCAGAAGAGCCAGGAGUCCCUGACAGAGUCGCCUCUCUCUCUGGGGACCACCACAGCAGUUACCUCCAGCUCAGCAGUGACCUCCACCACCGAUGCUGCACCCCCCAAAGCCAAGAAGCCACGUGGCUUGGAGCUGCCUUCCUCCCCCUACCUCCCUCCUGGCCUCUCCCUGGAUAAGGUGAAUGCAGCUGUGAAUAGUUUACUGGCUCCCGGAUCAGCCACCAACACUCUCACCCCGACCGUCAUCACCUCCCACGCUCUGACACCGGUGCUGCUGACGCCGAGCCCCCUGCCCUCCACCAUCCACUUCUGGAGCACUCUCAGCCCCAUCGCUCCUCGUUCUCCUGCCAAGCUCUCCUUUCAGUUUCCCACGAACGGCAGUAAUCAGAUCCACAUUCCAGCUCUCAGCGUCGACGGGCUUUCCACCCCAGUGGUUCUCUCUCCUGGACCCCAGAAGCCCUGAUGCCCAACAUCCUCGCCAACUGCUGGCGCCGGGUACUGGAACCUGAACGAGCCAAAGGAUGUGACUGUUGUAGGUGGUGCGUUUGCGUCGCCCGCCGGACUGGGACAUCACUGCACUUCCUGUUGAGCAGAAGCAUGGUCCCUGAUGGUCAUGUCACCAGGGGGCCUUUACAGCCAUUGAAAGCAGUCUUAAAAGGGGAUGCUGUUUUUAGCUUCGCCCCCUGCUCAUGAGCAUAUUUGGGGAGAAUCACAUGACUGGUUUAUUUAUUAAAGUUCUCCUGGUGUUUUCAUCGAGGACACAUUCAGCGUGUCACUCGCGUUCUCUGGACCCGCUGGAGACUUUCAGACGUCUCCUCACUCUUGUCCUCUCAUCACUCCCGACCAGUCCGGGAGGAGGACGGUUUUACUCACUCGUUUGUUCCUGGAAAAGCUUGGGUGAAUUUUGUCGUCCUCUGUGGGACGUUUUACUUUGAACAAAGACGAGUAAAUGUUCAAACGGAUCAAAGGCUCGAACAGAACAUUCUCUGGACCUGGUUGUUGGCGGAGUUGUUAUUCCAGGUGUUCACAUUCACACCUUCCCUACUUCCUGUCUGAUGUUUACCUACUGUUCCCUGUGGUGAUUGUGAACCACCCGCUUCAGUUGUCGGAACCUGCAGGCAGGUUUCUUUGUUUUACACACCUUGAGUCAACAAUCAGAUUGUAUGUCCAACUUACAUGCAAACCAACGCACACACGUGUGACUAUCUCUUUUUAACUGACUGUUGUUGAUGCUAGCAGCGCUUUGUGGUUACCGCAGUAACCUGACUGUUUUGGCUGCAGCAGAAGCUGCUUGUGAUGUGCUUGUGCUUUUGUGUGACGAGGCUGCACGCACACCUUCACACCUGUGAAUGACACACACUCAGCAGGACUCAGUGAGGCUUCUUCAGGGCUGACUCGUACCAAAUCAUUUCUGUAAGCAUCCACCCUUCGUUGUGCCGCAGGACCAACAUGGAGGAGUUUCUAGAUUCUUUAUUUUUUUACUUGUUUGUAUGUUCAUCCUUAAUGUUUUUAAAUGACUGAUCCUAUACUGAGAUAAAUAUAAAUAUAUAUAUAUAUACAUAAAUAUGGACAGACGCAUGUGUGACAGCUAUUCACUGAUAUACGUAUGAAUAUUUCCCAAGAUAAUUCAUGGCUAUUUACGUCCACUGCCUGAGAGAGAAGAAUGUGUCGCACAGGACGCCUGUGCUCUUAUUUUGAAAUGCCAACACUGGCGAGUCUUAACCCAUGAGGGCGGAGCUAUCAGAAGAGAGUCAGCAGCAGAAGUCUCACUCAGUUCCUGUUGAGAUUUCCCAGCAGCCUCGGCGGUCACGUGGUUGUAGCGCUAAGCCGUCGUGUUGGACUGUUCUGAAUCUAUUUUUCUAUUGUCGUGUUGUGAUGACGAAGCCUUAACCAUGUUUUGAAACGUCUGCAAAUCCUGAAAGAACCAGAAGGAGCGUUAUUCUCGUGGCACCAUGGCGCAUUCUGGGUAGUGGAGUCAUUCAUUUAGAGUUUUCCUUGGAUGGGAGUGUGGAAGCUUCAAAAUAAGAGCUAUUCCCUUUAAUUUGAACUUUUACAAAUAAGAGCUUCUCGAUUGUGUUUCCCGUCGCUGUCAAAUUAAGAGCUUCUUGUUUCGUUCAGCUAGAUCUGUUAGAAGUUGUAUAUCUCGUGAAAGCUUCAAAAUAAGAGCUUGUUCUGUUUGCUGCAGGGGCGUCGGAAUAAAAGCAUGUUGUAUUUUCAGAAAUUGAGCUUUGCUUUUGUACAAAGAUGAAUGGAAAUGUCAUGUUUCUGACCAAUGGCUGACGAGUGUUAACUUGUUUCUAUGUAUUGGAUCAGAUCCCGCGUGGCCCCGCCCCUCCUCUACUCUCAUUGGUCGAGGGAUUUAUUGUUGUCUGGGGGCGGGGUCUGCCUUUAUUUUUCUGAUGCAGUUUCAAUUGAAUUUAUGGGAGAAAAGUAUUUUUAUGAAUCUUAAUGUAACAAAGUAAAUGUUCUAAUGAUUGUUCUCUCUCGCUCUCUCUCUCUGUCUCUCUCACACACACACACACUCUCUCUGAUAAUAAAAGUAUAUAGUUCUAUAAAGUGUCUUCUGUGU